AUGGCCGACGCCAUCACCUACGACCUGAAAUUCAGUACCAUCCAACUGAAGGAAUUCAGACAUGGCGAUAUCACCCCGGAGUCACCACAUGGAAUGAAGGAGAUCACAUACAAGAAUGUCAGUCCUGUGAUAGGAGGACAGAAGAGCCGAGCAAAGGCCAAAAGAGGAUUCUGUGCUGGUCGUUGUUUCCUUAUCACGCUCUGCGCCAUUUUCCUGACAUCCCUGACCGCCAUCAUCGCUCUGUCUACACAGUUAUUUCAGGCGUCUCAGCGGAUCAGAUUGGAGGAAUUACGUCAGGAACGCGGAGGUCUGAACUCCAGCCUCUCUGGAGACAUCCAUACGAAGGAAUCCGUGGUUCGGGAACUUCGGGAAUCUCUCACCCAGACAGAGGAGGAGCUGAAAACAUCUCACAUCGAUCUACAGAAGAGUCGGGAGGAAGGGAAGGAGAUGAUCCAGAAUCUGGAGAGGACCCUCCAGGAGAAGGAGGACACAGAGAUCACUGUGAAGGAACUCCGAGGAGAUCUCAUGGAUGCCGGAAACAAGGUGCAAGAAAAGGAAGAGGAGCUCAUCAGGUGUGAAGACAAUCUGGAAUCGGUCAACUUGCAAAAGAGGGAUGCUGACCAGACGAUCUCUCACAUGAGGAAUUCUCUCUCUGAUGUCCGGCAGAAACUGAAGAUACAAGAGGACAGUCUUUCCAAGAAGGAUCGAGAACUUGAUGACACAAAGAAGACAAUCAAUCAGGUUCAGCAGAGUCUGAGGAACGUACAAGAGCAGCUCAAGAAGCUGAGCAACCUGGAAGAGCGGCUAAGUGACCUGGAGGAGGGGCUAGGUGACAUGGAGGAGGAGCUAAGCGACCUGAAGAAGAAGCUGGGUGGAGCUGCCCAGUGCUUCCGCAAAAGCUACCAAAUCAAACUUACCUCUCCUGCUGCCGCUUAUGAGGAAUCCUCCAGAAGUGUCUUCUGCAAGCAAGACUUCCAGAAGUGUUGA